CGAGCCUGCAGAGCCUGCAGAUGCCUGAUGGUUGCCUGUGGCUGGCUGUCGGAUCGGAGAGCGGUGGGUCCGGCCGGGACGGAGUGCAUCAAGGCGGAGGAGCCCCUAGGGGCGUGGUAGGUCUACUCAGGUUUGGACCAAGAGCCAUCGCUACGCUACCUCUUCUCUUCCUCCACCCAGAGGCUCCUCCUCCCUCCAUCCCCGGCCAUGGAAUUCCCGGACCUGGGAGCCCACUGCUCGGAGCAGACCUGUCAGCGCCUGGAUUUCCUGCCUCUCAAGUGUGACGCCUGCUCUGGCAUAUUCUGCGCAGACCAUGUGGCCUAUGACCAGCAUCAUUGUGGCUCUGCCUACCAAAAGGAUGUCCAGGUGCCUGUAUGCCCACUGUGCAAUGUACCAGUGCCUGUGGCAAGAGGGGAAUCACCGGACCGUGCUGUGGGGGAGCAUAUUGACAGGGACUGUCGCUCUGACCCAGCACAGCGCAAACGCAAGAUCUUCACCAAUAAAUGUAGCCGCCCUGGCUGCCGGCAACGGGAAAUGAUGGAGCUGACUUGUGAAAAGUGUGGCCGAAACUUCUGCCUCAAGCACAGGCACCCGCUAGACCAUGAGUGCUCUGGGAACAGAACGCCUUCCAGCCAAGCCGGACGUGCUGCUAUCUCCAGAGCCCAGGGCUUAGGUUCUAGCACAGCCCCAGUCCCUGGCCCAGGGUCGGGUAAGACCUCACCCCUUUCUCAUGGCAGAGUUGCUGAGUCACCGACUCACGCCUUGCAGAAUGGCCUGAGCGAAGACGAAGCCCUCCAGCAAGCACUGAUCCUGUCUCUGACUGAGGCCAAGCCUGCCGCCCCUAGUACUCAAGAGGAAGAAGACUUAGCUCUGGCUCAAGCAUUGUCAGCCAGUGAGGAGGAAUACCGAAAGCAGCAGGCCCAGAGCCGAAGCCUGAAACCCUCCAACUGCAGCCUUUGCUAGGGCCCUGGGAGUGGGGAGGGAAGCUCAGCUGAGAGGGGCUGUGGCCCUCACACUUCCAGGGUCCCCCUGGAAGAGGCUAGAAGCUCAGAACAAGAAUGAUGGAGGGACUCCAGAGCUGGAAGGAAGGAAGACCACACCAGGAGUGCCUCUGAGU